AUGGCUGGUCCAUACCUAUCACCGUUGCCGGGAGAUUUGCUCACUGAGUAUAUGUUCGGUCGUCGAAGACAAAGACGCAAUAGGACAACAUUUACACCUCAGCAGCUGAGCGAGCUGGAAUCGCUGUUUCAGAAGACUCACUACCCCGAUGUGUUUUUGAGAGAAGAAGUCGCGUUAAGAAUAAGUCUUUCGGAAGCUAGAGUUCAAGUGUGGUUUCAAAAUCGUAGAGCAAAAUGGCGAAAGCAGGCAAGACUGCAGCUUCUUCAGGAUGCUUGGAGAAUGCGUUGCUUAGGGCUAGGAACACCACCUUUGGGAAUUCCCGGUCACGGCAAGCCCCCGGACUCUUCUCCGGAACGAACAGAUUCUCCAUCAAACAAAUCACCCGAACCACCCCUAGAAAGCAACGGGGAAAUCAAAUCCCCCCGCCCAGAAUACAACGGAAUACCAGAACACCCACCACAAAUACCUCCACAUGAAAUUCCCCCCAUGCCGUACCCAAAUGAAGAUGGGAGGAUGAUGCAACAACCAUACUUCUCUCCACUCAUGAUGCCUCCGAUGGAGAAUGACGUGGUCCCGACAGAUUUACGUGUCCCUACCAAAAAUUCAAACUGCCAUUGCAUUGUGCCAGAAGAACCGCAGAAUCUAGCCUACCGCCCGAGAAGAGAUAAAGAAGCUAGCGACAGUGACAGUGACUCAGAAAUUGAUCUUACGUCCCACUCUAAAGACGACGAUCUGAGGGAGUCCGAACGAUUAGCAAAUCGAAUAGCCACUAGCAUUUUUAGAAGCGACACUAUUCUACACGAUUUAGUACCGAACGAUCUCAGUAUGGGAACUGCGAAGAACAUUCCCAGCGAUCGCAGUAUGAGGAAUAAUUUGAUGUAG